AUGACUCGCUUAACGGCACGCUUGCGACAUGUAGUGACUUGUCAAGAUGUAAGGGAGUUCGAGGAAGAAGCUAGGCUUCAUAUGCAGAAGCGAAGAUAUAAUCGCCGUAUAAAAUGGAUAUUUGCUGUACCAAAUGCUCUUUUGGCUGCCAUAUCGCUUGGCAUAUUAGUUUAUAGCCUUACAAGGCCUGGUCGGCCCUUUACUGCCAAUGAGAUUUUCAAAGAAGUUAAUGCUUACUCGCCCAUUCUUUCACGCUUAGAACUACCAUUGCACAAUUACACAGUGGAUGGCUACCUCUUUGACGUAACUCAUUCAAUUCUCCGAGCCGAGCCAUCUCCUGAAUCCAAUGCUGAGUGGGAUCGGAUCUCCCAGCUUGGACCUAUGGUAAUGACCAGAGAAGAAGUAAUUAAAAUGCAUAAGGAUCCUGAAAAGGUGGUCAAACUCCCACUUCACUGGGGAUACGGAGAUGACGCAUACAUCUGGCAAACAGAAAUGCAGCAUAACAUCCACUGCCUUAACUUUAUCCGCCAGUAUGCCUACUUUGACUACUUUUACCGGCCAAAGUACGAACGAUUUGAGGACACACCACUUUUAGACCGCAUUCAUUUAUCACAUUGUCUCUACGUACUUGUUCAGGACCUCCGCUGCCAGCCUUCGUUUAAUGCACUGACGUUCAAUUGGAUGGACGGCUGGAAUACCCCGGCUACUGACUUUACACCUGAACGACAGUGCAUUGACCAUGAAGAGUGGCUAAAAUGGCAGGCUGAAAAUAAGGUUCAUACAGAGGGUCAGUACCUUCCUCGACCGACAGACCCGGAGAAGUUUAUGCAUGGACCUUUGGGUAUGGAGCAAUUGUGGAAGGAGGAAUAG